GUUCACGACAGGCAUGUAACUUCAGUGCUGUCUCAGAUUCAGGAGAAAGAGAUUGGUAACAGAAGUAUUGCUACUCCAAGAGUGUCUGAAAAAGGAUUUCCCAUGGUUCUCCAUCGUGGAAACAUCAGUGAGCAAAAUGUGUCAUCAAAAGAAACCAUUUCUCAAAGCAGAAAAAGUUUGUUUGCCCAGCAAUUUGCUGCAUCAGGUGCAGUCACAUUUGGUGUGCCAAAACACCAAAAAGACAAUUUACAGAAGACAAUAGAGGAGGUUACAGUUACCCAAGCAGGUUCUUGUCCAGUGAAAUAUCAAAAGUCCUCCUUGAUUUCUGGAGAAGGUCUGGCACAAGGUUCAGAGAGAAAGACUUUGAAGGACAAGGCAGUUGAUGAAAUCCACAAAGAGAACGUAGCUAAGCUGGAAGCUAUGACACAUAAAGAGAUCAUGGAGGAGCAAGCCAGGAUAAAAUCAGCACUGGAUCCAAAUCUUGUUGCUUUUUUGACAUCAAGACACAAAAGAACAAGGGUUGAGGCAAUGGAUACAGCUUCAAUGGAAGAAAAACAAGUUGGUCACAAGAACAGUAACAACCCUACUGGAGAAAACAUAGGCCAAGUUGAAAAACAGGUCCAAUUCAAUGAAAAUGUUGAAAUGAUCAAAGAGGGAAAUGAACAGAAUAGAAUACAAGAAAAACAGUCAAGUGAAGUGAAAAAGAUUGGAGAUGUUGAAGUCUCUAGCAAAUGGCUUCACAUGGACACUGUGGAAUAUGAGAAGCUAGAAUGGAUGAAAGAUUGCCCUCCACCAAGCGCUCUGGAAAGCAAGGAAGGAAACCAAGCUCGUUUUGACUUCAAUGGCUGCUUAGUUUCAAAAAUGGAUGACAUCCCAGUGUACCAUGGUCUUCAUCACCAUGGUAAGGACCCAAGCUCUCCAGGCUAUACACUAGAAGAACUCUUUAUUCUGGCCAGAAGCAGCUUCUUACAGCAGCGUGUGUUGGCUUUGCAAGUUUUGGCCAAAAUCAUGAGACAGGAUCAAAUGGGAGCAUUUCAAGGACAUCUUCAGGGUGAUGUGCUGUCUGCACUACUGGAUGCUGGAAUCCUGUUCCUUCUCAGAUGGUCAUUGGAUGACACAACAGAUGCUGUCAUGGCUGCUGCUACACAAGGAUUAGCAGCCAUCCUCAUUGUGCCAAGUGAUAAGGAAUUAGCUGACAAGAUGUGUGGUUUUCCACGAGGACAAGAGCUUCCAGCACUCUCUCCUGUCAGGGAAAGCAAAGAACAAAAUAAACAGCUCAGGAAGGAUGAAAAGGAGGAGGAGAACAAUCUAACUGAUGCUGAAUUAUUGAAACAGGAUGUUGUAAAAGGCUUGAUCCAGAUGAGUAUUUUACCAAGACUAAGAUACAUCUUAGAGGUCUGUCAUCCUUCUGUUCUGGUAGUUCAUGACAUCCUAGAUGUACUGACGAGAAUAUCGCAGCAUUCAACACAAGCUGCCAAUGAAGUACUGCGGUGCCCCAGACUUAUGGAAACCAUCUUUACUAACUUUCUUCCCCUCUCGUGGAAAAUGUCUGAGCUGGAUAGUGAUGCUGUAUAUGGUGUUCCUGUCAGUGCAGCCAUGAGACUUCUGCGGACAGUCUGUUGUGCAGGAAGACACAUGGCUGCAACUUUGAUCUCAAAGUACAAUUUGACUGAUCGACUGAUGCGCUACACUGCUCUGAACCCCAGGAACAUGCAAAUGGCACUGCAAGAGGCUUAUUCAUUAUACACUGAAAGUUUAAGAACAUGGAGGGUCUGUGUGUUGUAUGGCUUGGGCUGUGAUGCUGUUAGGGAGAUGUACUCAACAUUUAUUGAACAGCUGCAAUCAAUUCAAACUCUUUCCAUUUUGAUGACAAUGCCUGAGGAAAGAUUGGAACUCAACUGUGCAGCUGCCAUAUUUGGUGUAAUAGAAGCAGUCAUUCAGGCUGCUGCAGCAGCUGCUGACCAGCAGGUACCAGCAGAACGUCAUGGGAUGGACUCUCUACCACCUCUGGCAAUUAACUGGAGUCAUGUGACAGGAUUUCUACCUCUGAUUGGUGGAUGUGUAAAUAAGUGGGCCAAGGAGAUACUGGGUUGUGGUCAAGGUCUUAAAGAUCUCCAGUAUGAAAACCUCUGUCUCCUGUCAGGAGCUUUUGCUGGUUUGGUGGCUUUCUACUCGAAACUUCACGACCAGGUAUCCCACUCUCCUGUGGAGACUCUACAGCAGUUAGAACACUUAACCAGUACUGUGCUCCUUCCAGUGGUAGAACAUCAUGUCCUGGACUGGUGUUUUACACAAAUCAGUUCUAGAUCAGCUUAUAACAAGACUGGAGGAUCAAGGCUUUCUAGAAAGGCUAUCCCUAGUCUUCCAGACUUUGGCUCUAUAGAACUGGUGUACCUUGGAACAGAACUGGUGGAGUUGAACAGACCUGAACUUAUUGCAUUCACAUCAUGUAUAAUUGAACUUGUAUAUCAUGUCACCAAAUUGCACAGAGGUAUUACCCACAAGUUCUCUGCCGUUCUUUCCAAUAAUGCUGUCUUGGAGUAUUUGAAACUUGUUGUUGAAUCCCAGAAUGUUUCCUCAUCCUUCUUUGUUCGUCAAGAGCAUCAUUUGCAGUACUUCCUGUUGAAACUUGUCAGUAAUUUGAUAGGACUAUCAGAAUCAGAUGAGUGUUCAAGUUAUAUUUACUUAUGGCAUGAGGCUGCUCUAUCACUAUUCUCCAAGAUCUUCCCAGGCGAUGAGUUUUAUGCACAAGAUUUACUUUCGACGAUAUUGUUCAAUUCAAAGUUUUUCAGCAAAGUGAAUGGACCUCUAUCCAUGGGUGUCACCAGAGACCUCUCAGAAAUGACACUGGCUACUCCUCCAGUUCCAAGUACAUAUGAUACUACAGCUACAAGUAGAGGAGAUCUUAUAGCCGAGGCUCAUAAAAACUUACCUGAUAUAAGGUCCACAUUCAAAUGUGCCUUUGAGGGCAUGAAUUAUCCCUUGAGAACUUCUAGGUCAAUGGCCCUUUGUCAAGUGCGUAAUAUUCAGUCAUUUAUCGUCCCCUCAUGUGCAGGUCCUCUUCAACCCGCUGACUGGGUGUUUCUCCCCAUAGUGGAUCUGUAUAACCUGGCAAUAAGUGUUGAAAUGAAGGGUGACAGCAUAAAUACCAUUUCAGGCUCGGCGGUUUCCAUAGUAACUAAUACACUUCAACUGGUUCUCCUGCUUGAGGAAUGGCGGCCGUCCUGUUUACGUCACGUUACUAUGGCAUCACGAAUAGCCAGGCUCAUGUGCAUCUUCUUGACAGGUACGCAUCACUCCUGUCCCAGUACUCUGCAGUCUCCUUUGGAGAUGCUCUCUUUGGUUGUUUUGUUAUUUUACCCUUGGCUCAGAAGCACAACAUGAAAUUUAGAACAGCUGUUUGGGAUGAACACAUAGGAGUCUUGAGAGCUUUGUCAAUACCCCUAGACCAGCUACCCAUCCCCCUAGAGGAAUUCCUGUAUCCUGUUGAGCAGAACCAGUCAUUACUGGCGCUUUAUUUACGAGCUCUUGCCACCCAAACAGUCAGGCCGCGGUGGUCCCCUUUGUUUUACCUUGCAGCUGUUCAUCACGUUAAUUCUUUUGUUUUUCAAAGAGUCAACCCUGAGGAUUCACAUGAAUUGAAAAAGAAGGUAAAUUUCUUGAAGCAAGUUCUCGCAGUGCAGAAUGAGAGUGUUCAACAUGAUUUACUGCACUAUUUCAAACCAGCUACCAGCAGUUCCUUGGAGCCUUUUGUAAAAUUCACUAAUCUUCCAGCUUACCGACAACUCCUACUGAGAAAUCGCAAUGACCUUGAGGAAUAUCGCAAAAUUUUCCAGAAAAUGGCCUCUGAGUAAAGAAUAGUGAAAUAAUAUUAAAUCUAAAAUUGUGAAAAAAGUAUGGAUUAUAUUUAUUUCUUACCAAGUAAUAAAAGAGCAAUGAACAGAGAA